AUAUCCAGAAAAUAUUACGCCAGAAACCGAAGAGGUAGAGCCCAAACCGAUGGUCAUUGGCACCAACAAUGUUUUCGAAGUCGGGUGCUAUUCCCAAGCGAUGAAGGUGGGAGAUAACAACGUCAUCGAAUCCAAAGCGUUUGUCGGCAGGAACGUGAUCCUGACGAGCGGCUGCAUCAUCGGGGCCUGCUGUAACAUCAACACCUAUGAGGUCAUCCCCGAAAACACCGUCAUCUACGGGGCCGACUGCCUCCGCCGUGUCCAGACCGAGCGGCCGCAGCCCCAGACGCUGCAGCUGGAUUUCCUGAUGAAGAUCUUGCCGAACUACCAUCACCUAAAGAAGACCAUGAAGGCCACGUCCACUCCUGUCAAGAGCUGA